AUGGCGAACUUCGAACACACCGACCUGAUGGCGGUUGGUGAGCACUGUGCGAUGGCAGAGUGCUCCCAGCUCGACUUCCUGCCAUUCAAGUGCACAGGCUGCCGAAGAACCUUCUGCCUUGAACACAGGCAGCCUGCAGCGCAUCAGUGCCCCAAGGCUUCCGACGUCAACCCCGACGUCAUCGUCUGUCCGCUGUGCGCCAAGGCCGUGCGAGUCAACCCGGGUGGCGACGUCAACCAGGCGUGGGACCUGCACGCCCGCACAGAUUGCGACCCGAGCAACUACGCCAAGGUGCACAAGAAGCCGCGCUGUCCGGCGCCCCGCUGCCGCGAAAAGCUCGUCACGUCGAACACGUACGAGUGUCCCACCUGCCACACGAAGGUGUGUUUGAAACAUCGGUUCGCAAAGGACCACGAGUGCGAGGAGCGCGUCGCGGCGCAGCGCCGCAACAAGCCCUCGAGCUUCAUGUCGAUGUUCUCGCGCGCCGCGGCGCCCUCCGGCCCGGCCGCGCGCACGCAGCCCCGGCCGCAGCCGGCGGCGACAGCGACCGCCGCGGCACGCUCGCAUCGCUCAAAGGCGAUGGCGGUCGCGGCGGAGCGGCGCGCGGCGGCCACGCAGAGCCGCGGCGCGCCGCGCGCCGCCGGGCGGCCGCAGGGCGGGGGGGUGUUGGAGGAGUGUGGCGCAUGUGGGCGGGCGUUUGCCACGACGGCGGAACUGGUGGAGCACGUGGAGACGGUGCACUUCGGCGUGAGGCACCCGAAGGCCACGGGCAACGUCGCGGUGUACGGCAGCCAGGACCGGUGUCCGAAGUGCGGGGUGCGGAUUUUGGACCCGGUGGCACUGGUGGGUCAUGUGGAGGGCUGCAGGCCGCGGACGGCGCAGCGGACGGGCGAGAAGGUCAAGUCGUUCUUCAAGACCUUCUUCUCGUGA